AUGAGAUCCUGCGCUAUCAGAUCCGCCAAGUCGGCAUUGACUGGCAUUCAGGCUAGAACAUAUUCACAGGCUGCUGCUGCCGCUGGGGCCACUACAGCUCCUCCCCGACAUCUUCUCUCCAUUGGCGACUUGAAGCCCCGUGAGUUUGCUGGUCUUGUCCGCAAUGCUGCCUCACACAAGGCUGCCAUCAAGGCUGGUACAAUUCCCGCCGACUUUUCUACUGGCCUUGCCGGCAAGACGGUGGCUAUGAUGUUUAACAAGAGAAGCACCCGCACUCGCGUGUCAACUGAGGCUGCCGUUGCCAUGCUCGGAGGCCACCCCAUGUUCCUAGGCAAAGAUGACAUUCAACUUGGUGUCAACGAGUCCCUCUACGAUAGCUCUGUUGUCAUUUCCUCCAUGACGUCGUGCAUGGUUGCCCGCGUCGGCCCACACUCGGACAUCACACAACUCGCAGAGCACUCCAGCGUGCCCGUCAUUAAUGCGCUUUCGGAUGACUUCCAUCCUAUGCAGGCUAUUGCCGACUUUUUAACUAUUCACCAGUCGCUCGCAUACGCCGAAUCGUCAUACACCAGCUCCGCCAGCGGACUUGGUCUCCGUGGCCUCAAGGUGGCCUGGGUCGGUGACUCAAACAAUGUCCUCUUUGACCUCGCCACUGCCUGCAUGAUGAUGGGUGUCGACAUCACAGUUGCAUCUCCCCAGGGCUAUGGCAUUCCCGACUACAUGAGACAGCGAAUUGUCAAGGCUGGCGACGGAGUCGAGGGACGAGGCCAUCUGUUUGAGACAACAGUUCCUGAAGAGGCUGUCAAGGGCGCUGACAUUAUCGUUACUGACACUUGGAUUUCCAUGGGACAGGAGAGCGAAAAGAAGAAGCGACUGGAUGCUUUUGCAGGAUACCAGGUCACCAACGAGCUGGCUAAACGUGGCGGCGCCAAGGAGGACUGGAAAUUUAUGCACUGUCUCCCCCGCCACCAAGAAGAGGUGUCUGAUGAGGUCUUUUACGGGCCUAGGUCUCUAGUCUUCCCUGAGGCUGAAAACAGACUUUGGGCAGCCCUUGCCGUCCUGGAGGGCUUCGUGGUAAACAAGGGAGAAUUUGACGUUUCCAAGUGGUAA